AUGGCUCCUUCAACCACUCCUUGUCCUAAAGGAAGAUGCAUUUGUAGGAAUAAAGUGGUUCUGAGAGUAGGGUCAGAAGCGGAUCACACGGCUUUGGAAAUUUGCCCCAAACUUCCCGUGACCUCACAACACCUUAUGAACGGAAUCAAGGCCUGGAAAGGCGACGGCAGACCAGUAGUUGAAAUAACCUGGAGAAUCGGAGCCGACAGCCCACUAAGUUACCACCACUGGCUUUACACGCGAGUGAUCCAGACGCGAACCGAUCGCGAACCCCAAGCGCCCAAGAACCCCGGACUGGACUUCUGUGACAUAAUACUGGCUUGGAUGUUUGGUGGGACUAUCAAGGACGAACAGUACCAGGACACAGCCAUGAGUGCGCUGAUUGCGCGCCUUAGAGCACCAUUUGGCGAACAAGCCCAUUUCCUCCGGACAAUCAACGCACUGUAUAUCAAGGGAGUGCACAACAACUUGCAUGAGACCUCGCCGCUGAGGAUGUUGGUUGCAGACGCAGUGGUUUGGUUUGGGAGCCCGGAUCUAUUUGAGAGGGUCAAACACGAUGACGGAAUGCCGAAGAGUUUCGUGGCAGAUCUGAUGGACGCGAUGCGCAGGGAGCGAGACAGACUGUCGGCAGCCUUGAAAAGGAUACAAACAGAACAUGAUUUCGGGUCGAAGAAAGUGAGAUUCGCGCCAUCUCUUCCAGCAGAGCAGGAGAAGCAAGGGGGAAAUGGUUUUGCUGAGAAUGAGCCGGCCAUGCUGGCGGAGCUUGUAAAUCACAAGGAAUCAAUACCAACCCGGCGAUUUGAGAUCCGGACCGCGAUCCCUCACCGCUGUAGACAGCAGCUUCCAGUUCCCAUGUUCUCAUCUCGUCCAGGGCGGGUUUUACGAUGGAGUAUUUCCAAGUCAGCCUACUGUUAUUUCAGGGGGAAUGUGAUAGACUAUGCACAACAGGGAACGUCGAUAAAUAGCUUGAAUCCCAUGAAAUCAGGAUAA